GAUCCUUCAUGAGGGAAGAGGCCAGGGACAGCCAGCCAGCCCCGGCUUCUCCUCUCUACACCCACUUUAUUUUGUAUUCUACGCCGGGGAGCCCGAGCAGGGGGCUGCAUCAGUAUUCAUAGGAUGUCCCGUCAUGAAGGUGUCAGCUGUGAUGCAUGUUUAAAAGGCAACUUCAGAGGCCGGCGAUACAAAUGUUUAAUUUGCUACGACUACGACUUGUGUGCGUCGUGUUAUGAGAGCGGUGCAACAACAACCAGACACACAACAGAGCAUCCCAUGCAAUGUAUAUUAACAAGAGUCGACUUUGACCUGUAUUACGGAGGAGAGGCCUUCUCGGUGGAGCAGCCUCAGGCCUUCACAUGUCCAUACUGCGGCAGGAUGGGCUACACAGAGAUGUCUUUGCAGGAGCAUGUGGCUGCUGAACACACAGAGACCUCCACAGAAGUGAUCUGCCCCAUAUGCGCAGCGUUGCCAGGUGGGGACCCAAAUCAUGUGACUGAUGACUUUGCUGCUCAUCUCACACUUGAACACAGAGCACCUAGAGACUUGGAUGAAUCCAGUGGCGUCAGGCACGUCAGAAGGAUGUUUCACCCAGGUCGUGGGUUAGGGGGACCCCGAGCCCGUAGGUCGAACAUGCACUUCACUAGCAGUACCACAGGGGGGCUCUCUACCAGUCAAAGCUCCUCACAGAGCUCCAACUACAGCAGAGAGGCCAUGGAUCCUAUAGCAGAGCUCCUGUCCCAGUUGUCUGGAGUGCGGCGGUCUGCAGGGGGUCAGCUCAGUGCAGGUCCUUCAGCCUCUCAGCUGCAGCAGCUGCAGAUGCAGUUACAGUUGGAGCGGCAGCAGGCGCAAGCGGCACGCCAGCAGCUGGAGUCUGCCCGAAAUGCCUCUCGUAUCUCUGGACGCUCUAACGCCAUUCUGUCCAACUCCACCGCCACGAACCCCAGCACCAACAUCAUCCCCAACGCCAGUCCAAACCCAGGACCCCCAGAGCCCUCACAACACACUGCACACAGCUCCCAGUUUCUACUCAGCAGGCUCAGUGAGCCGCGGUUGUCUGAGGUGGAGCGGCAGGCGUGUGAGGCCCAAUGGGCAGACCGGAGCCUGUUUGUCACGGAGUUGCUGCUGUCCACUCUGCUGCACGACGAAGAUGCUUCCGCCUCUUCCUCCGAGGAUGAUGAUGACGGCCAUGCCCCCGUGAGGAAUUUUGCAGAUUUCCAGGCCAUGGGCUGCGUAGAGGUCAUGACCUUAGAUGUGGCUUUGGAGAACCUCAAUCUUAGAGAGAGCACGACAGUGUCAAGCAAGUCAACGAAACCCACGACUAAAACAGCACCUAUGAAAAAAGAGCCCCCUGCCCCUCCCCUUUGAUGACCUGAUCUUUGCCUCCGUAAACACCAUUGUGAUGGCUGACCACACGUCUGCCCAACUGCCAAUGGAUGACAAAAAACUGCAGAUCUUUUUGGCUUUUUUAGUGAUUGUCAUUUCAGCUCUGUCACUCACUCUCAACCCCAUGUUUAUUAAGUUGUGUACACUGAAUAAAAGUAGUGAGACGAGAGAAUGUGAGAGCAAGCGUGGUGGGUGCGUGGAAGAAAGUAAAUAACUUUAUAAAUAUAUUAUAGAAAAAAAAUCUAUUGGAAAGUUGAUAAUCAGUUCCACAUAAGGUCUUUUCCUUUGCAAAUGAGCAAAUAUAGUCUUUUAAGAGAGAGACGUCACCUUCACCCGGGAGAGGAAGCAGACAGAACGCUGUCCUGUUUAAACGCUGCUGUAUUUAUAGUUAGUUGUUAAAGAAGUGCUUGGAUGGUUUACCACAACUUAAGCAUGAGCUUAAAUCACCAUGUGCCCAUUUUUAUCUGCACCGUCACUAAAUGGGGAGGACCUUUAUGUUCACGCACACCCGAAGAGCUGUAACUAACGGUGCUAUUGCCUCAGUGGUGGCAUUUCUGCACCAGUACUUGUACACAGACUGAUGGCUUUGGUUGGUCUUAUACAUGUCCGGUUUAACUCCCACUCCCUUUAUGUGACAUCACCUGUUUUGGGUCAUGUGACCUUGCUUUAUAUUGACUGGACACUUUGCGGUUGCAUAUCCAAUGUCUAUAUGUGUACACUACAAAUGCUUUACAUAAAGGCGAUACAUGACAGACAAAAACAUGAACAUUGUCUAUUCUCUCUGGCCUUUCUAAAUGGAAGAAACACGCCCCCUAGUCUUCUUACAGUUGCUUUUUCCCCUUCUUUCUGAAGACCAGAUGCAUCCACCUCCAGCUUCCUGUGAUCUCAAAUUAAUCCUUUGUUGAUUAGUCAUGAAUGCAAAGAUGACUCAUGUGACUUGAAGGAUAAUUCUGUAUACUCUUUCAUUCAUGAAUCACUCAAGAACUUUGUAUGCCUCCACUACUACCUGAAGAAAUGCAAUGUAUGUUUUUUGGCUCAGCACACAGGCCAAAUCACAGGGUAAACUCAAGUGUGGAGGACAAUAAAAUGUUUUGGAUGGAAACAAAUUAACCCAAA